GAUUAGGAUUUCUAGGCCCGUGAGAGUUUCACGGAAGGGUAAUUUGGACAAUUUACCUGUCAUUUUAAUGAAACUUUGUGUUUUGAUCUCUUCCCAGACUUAGUAUAUUUCGUGACAUCCCUCUCCCCACGUAGCUUUCCUUCUCAUGUCCAACUCGUUGGUUUAGAUCUCACGAUCAACGUAAUCUAGCAGACUUGCGGCGAACGUGGUCUAGAUCUCACGACCAACGAGGUCUACCAAACUCCACACAACAAUGUCCACUUGUGACCCUCAUGGUCUGAUUUCGCGGCCAAAGCCUUCUUGAUCUCAAACCAGCGUGGUCUAAUGAACUCACGACGAACGUGGUCUAGCAGACUUAGCUUCCUCACGAUGAAAAUAGUACCCUCUUAGAAAUUUUGCCAUUUGGGUUUAAAAUCUUGUAACACAAGGCCCAGUUUAAAUAUAAUUAAUUGUUAUAAUUGAUCUGGUCUUAUAAAGACAAUAAAUGUCUUGUGAAUAAUUAAUGUGAUACAAAAUUAUUUUUUUAGCGGUAAACAGUUGCUCAUGAGGCCGAUCUCAGUCUAUGGCUUUACUCACUUCUAUGACUUUUUCAGUAACUUCAAAAGCUGGACAAUGAACAUAUGUAUUUGGAGGGACAGAUGUGCUGCAAUAUUCGGCAACCAAGUAAAGGGAAUGGCAGAAGUGGUUUAGCACGUCAAAAAAGAUGUUGAGUUUAUCUGUAAUAGCAAUGAGACUUAUAUGUUUUCUAAGUUCUCAAAUUACUGUACUUGUGCAUGGCUUAGUAUGCAGUUUGUAAUCACUAUAGAUAUAUUAUCAUAGUUUACUUAGUGACAAGGGGUGUUUGCCAUAUUAACUGUUGUUUUUUUAUGAAAUAUGAUUCAACAAUUCAUUAAAAGAAAGCAAGCCACAAGACUUAAAAACUUUAACUGAGCUGACAAAGAGUAGCUCAAGUGUUUAAUGAAUAAGAUUUGGCACUGUAUACUUAUUGCCCACUAUUUUGAAAAAUAACAUCCAAAAUAAGAUUCAUUGUACAUUGAGUAUGAAAAUGCAUAUAAUUGGAUAAAACUAAAAAGUUAUAUUUUCUUACCCUAACUUGGCUACCCACUUAGAAAGACAAUAAUGUAUCAAAUUAACCAAUAAUCAUAUAUAUCACAUCUGUAAAAAAUAAUAAUAAUAAUAAUAGGCUUUUAUAUUAUUUUGAAUAAAGACAUUGUAGAUUCUUGGUUUUUAGUGAAUUUUCACUAAAAUAAUUGAAUGGAACUAAUGUUAAUGUCCAUCCAUUAUUUGUCUUUUUAUUUUUUUGUCAUAAAUAUAAUUGCAGAUAAGUUGGAUAAUAACGAAGUACCACGAACACUACGGUACAUUGGCUUACUAAAAACGCGACAAGUUAUAUGAAAUCGUAAAGAUCAUUAUGUAGACCAUGAUAACGUAGGGCACGACGUGCAACUAAAUGGGUAGCCCAAGUUGCUUCUCGUGGUGUAAAAGCGAAAUGAACUAAUGAUAAUUGGCGUAGAAGAGUGUGCAACUCCCGCAAGAUCGCUCCUCCUUUAGCAUCAUAAGUCGCAUCAGACACCAACUGCAAUAGCACCAUAUGAGCAUCACCUGUGAUCUGAAUUUACUGGCUUAUAUUUUAUCCCUUAUUUCAAAUGAAUAAAUCAUCAUGAUAGUAAUAAUUAGAUUUGAAAUAGAAAGUUAAGAUAAAUCAUCAAAAUUACUAGCAAGAGGUCAAUUGAUAAAUUAAAUAUUCAUAUUCUUAUUGUUUAGUAUAUUACUAAGGCAAUAAAAAUAUUUAACCUUCUUAAUAUUAAUAGUAUACGAAAGUAAAAUUGUUAAAAUUUGCUUUUAUCCGGCCAACGGUCAAGACGAUUAGUUAAUAGUAGAGUAUGAUCACCUUCUUUUUUAGGGGAUCACAUCAAGUAGUUUCUAUUUUCUUUUUAAUUAUUCUGUUUUUUAAUUGGACGUUAGCAAUUGAUAAUAUCGAGUUUGCCUUUUUUACUCGCUUUCAACUAUCUAGAUUAUUCUAACGGCUACAAUGAGUUUAAACUAUGAUUGAAAAGUCAAUGAUAGGGUCUUUUAUGUUGAAAUCGUGGUUUAGUCAUAGUUCAACCAUUUCAUACCGUUAAAUGCCGCUUACUAGUUUAGCCUACGAUAAGAGGUUUUUCUGGUCGAACCGCCGGUGCAGUACGAUUUUUCAUUCCUUUGUUUAAACAUAAAGAAAAAACGGGUUGUAUCCAUGGUUCACUCCAGCCAUUCAAAGAGGUUAAAUCAAAUUAGGGAUGACAAGAAAUCGGCUCGCCUUCAGAUAGUCUAUAUCCAUUCCUACUCGAAAAUAGUUUGGGUUUUACAUAUACCUAUACCCAUACAAUAAUCUAGUAGAAUAUCAUAAUCAUGCAUGCCCAUACCCCGUUGAAUUUUGAGAUCCACAAUUAUUCAUGAAUAAUAAUGUUUCUUUUAUAAUUUCAACCAACAUGUUAUCAAGUACAUGUAUACUGAUAGUACAUAAGUGAAAAUAUACAAGAAUUAAUUAUUAGAACGAUGAAAAUUAGUUAAAAACCAUACAAUUCCAUGAAAAUCUUAAAAAUGCAGGUUAAAUCUCCAAUAUCAAUAUAUUGAGAAAAGUAAAGAUCAUUUACAAAUAAAAUACAUAUGCAAUUGAGCGAGUUCGGGUUUGAGUUGGAUAAUGAAGAACCAUGCAUAUCAUCUACAAUAUUCGGGUUCGAAUUUUAUUCGCGUCUUACUCACCGUUCCCGAUUAUGUAGAAUUGAAAUGGGUAUUUACGAAUAUGGUUAUUUUUGUCAAAAGCGAAAUUGUAACAAAUUAGACUGGUGUUUUAAUUGUUUAAGAAAUAAAAUUUUGAGGCCUAAAAUGACAUGUAUAUGCAAAUCUGGUGAUCAAAUUGGUACCUGGCCGUUCGAGUGGUGGUCAUGUAAGGACCAAACUUACCACACUUAUCAACUUCGUUUCGCUUCCGCCCUGGGAGCUUCUUUGCCAAUUCGCCAUGGCCACUCUGAGCUUCAACCCCACCAGAAUUCCUCGAACCCCCAAAACCAAAACAGCCUCUUUUCGGAAACCAACUUCCAGAGUGUCCUUCUCCGUCCAGCCAAAUGCCUCAAGCGGCCGAAAACUUGCCCACGGGUUCCCCAAGCUCCGGGUUUCGACGCAGGAGGAAGCAGGGGUGGAGGAGUACGAGGAAGACGACCCGACCGUGGAGAUGAGCUACCUGGACCCGGAAACCGACCCGGAGAGCAUCUUGGAGUGGGAGCUGGAUUUCUGUUCAAGGCCGAUGCUGGACAUCCGAGGGAAGAAAGUGUGGGAGCUGGUCGUGUGUGACGAGUCCUUGGCGCUGCAGUUCACCAAGUACUUCCCCAAUAAUGCGAUCAACAGCAUCACCCUGAGAGACGCUCUUGGUUCCAUCUCUGAGGAUCUGGGUGUCCCUUUGCCCCAGAAGAUACGCUUCUUCAGGUCGCAGAUGCAGACUAUCAUAACAAAGGCGUGCCGAGAGCUGGGGAUAAAGCCUAUUCCGAGCAAACGGUGUCUAUCACUACAGCUGUGGCUGGGAGAACGAUACGAGACGGUAUACAAACGCCACCCUGGGUUUCAGAAGGGAUCCAAACCCCUCCUUGCAUUAGACAAUCCAUUCCCAAUAGACCUCCCAGAGAAUCUCUACGGAGAUAAGUGGGCUUUCGUCCAGUUACCAUUUUCAGCUAUCCGAGAAGAAAUCGCAUCAAUGGAUACAAGAUUUAUGUUCGGUUCGAGUCUAGAUCUGGAUCUCCUUGGCAUUGCAGUGGAUGACGAAACACUAAUUCCAGGGCUGUCUGUUGCUUCAUCACGAGCCAAACCAUUGGCAGCUUGGAUGAAUGGACUGGAAGUUUGCGCAGUCGAAUCGGACACAAGCAAAGGCUGCUUGAUCCUCUCUGUUGGAGUCUCCACUCGCUACAUCUACGCCACCUACAACAAAAGUCCUGUGACAACAGCUGAAGCUGAAUCGUGGGAGGCUGCAAAAAAGACGUGCGGAGGUCUCCAUUUCCUUGCUGUACAAGAAGACUUGGAUUCAGAUGACUGUGUCGGAUUCUGGCUGUUGUUAGACUUGCCACCACCACCUGUCUGAUUUUGCAGCCUUCAGAUCCUGACUUCUGUUUCUCAAAAUGCCACAAUCUCAAUAUUUUCUGAAUAGCUAUUCGUCGCCCUAAAAUUCAAAUUUUAUAGCCCUAAAAUGUAUCAAAUUGACAUAUUUAUCCUCAAUCCAAUUGCAAUUCAACCGUCUCCGCCACGUUGUUGAAGCAGCAGCGACGGGCCAGCAUGAUUGCAGAAGCAACGACGGCGGUGAUGCGGGAGGCGGAUUUGUGAAUGUAAUUCCCAUUUUUGGUAUGAUUAGUUAUUACUCUUCAUUUGUUCUAUGGAUGAUAACAAUGGAGGUGGGUGGCAUAAUAGCAGGGCGACAGAGGCCAGUUUGAGGUGAGUGGCUUGAUUCCUUCUUCCGACUGAAGCUUCGCCAGAUUCUUCUCCCUCCUCAAGCGGCAGCAAAGUCGGCAGCUGGGGUCUAGUUUGGCUUGGGGAUUGCGAGGUUUAGGUUUCCCCCUGCUCGUUUUUGUUUUGUUCGGUUUGCGAUUUAAGUGUUUGAAAGACAAAUAAAUAAACUAAGGACAUUAAA